CCCGCGUCUACAUAUAUCCGCCAUUUUAGGGCUUAAACAAAAAGAGGCGACAAUAUGUUGAAAGGACGCGAAAGCCUGAUCAGAUUGAUCGGCAAACGACGACGUUUUCUACCCCACCGGCACUUCUUCCUCUCAGUCUCCGCUCCGACUCCACAGAAUUUUUCGAAUCAAUGUAAGGAAAAUGAAAGCGAGAUGAAAUAUUCAGUGGAGAAAUCUCAGGACAGUGACUCGGUGGAAUCGGUGAAUUGUCCUGUUUGUGGAGCACAGCUUCCUGGACAAGAUAACAGCUUAAUUAAUUCUCAUUUGGAUGAGUGCCUAUCUAGAGGAAAGAAACGUAAAUUGAGUCAGCGCACAUUUAUGCAGUUAGACUUCUUGAGACCCAAAGUUAAAUUUCAUUCUAUUCAACCAGAUGACAAUGGAAAUCAAGAUAUUCUAACUGAUCCUAGCAAGAGGUGUUGCGACACAAUUCGUCACUUGAAUGCUUCACAUGAUUUUGAAGAGGAUGAUAAUUAUCAAAACAAUGCUUCUAUAGAUUCUGUCACUUUGCAAAGUGAUCAAUUAGCAAGUUGUAUGGACAGCCCUCUCAUUGAUGACUCAACUAACUAUAAAUGUGUUUCACUGUCGCUGUCUUUGGAGAAUGAGAUGCCUAACUAUGUUAUGGAGAAACCUGUUGAGGACUGUGACAUAUCUAAGGUGUUUCUUCAUACAUUCAUCGUUGGUCGUAAGUUUAGUAGUGUAGAGGAGUUAGAUCCUGGGUCAACAAUACGUCUCUCCAGAGAACCUGAGAAUGUUAAGGAUCCAAAUGCUGUCAAGGUCCUUUAUACUGAUUCUGCAUAUGAUACUGCUCUGGGUUAUUUACCACGGGAGUUAGCUCAAUAUCUUUCUCCUUUGAUGGAAAUGUUCAACUUGAGCUUUGAGGGCAACAUAACUUCUAUACCUAAAGACUCUCGUGCCAUUAUCCCAAUUCAGAUUGAAUGUAAAGAUGAGCUAUCGUGUGAUGAAAAAUAUUGCAAAAAUAUUCAAGUUUUUAAUUCCUUGUGGGGACAUGCUCUGCGCGUAGUUGAGCUUGCAAAGACUAGUCCUUUGGGGAUGACCAGGUAUCAGCAUAACCUUGUACUGUUAAUACAAGAUGUUUUAAAGAGGAAUUCUCAUCUUUUUACCACUGGCGAGAAAUCUUUCCUAGCAUUUGUCUCCCUUUCGGAUGAUAGUCAGAGACUCUUUGCACGUCUUUAUACACGAAAAGGUCCGUGGUUUAGGAUGUCCAAUAUUUCAUACCCUGAGAUUUCCGACUGCAACCAAGCUAUAAUGAGACUAUCUGAAACAGGGUACAUAUGUUCCUUCAUGUUGAGGGAUGAACUAGAAGAUGAUGACUUAGAGGGAGUCUUGAAUUUACUUAACAUUGAUGAGCUGCGGGAAGCUUUGCGUAUGCUUAACAAGAAAUGCAAGCAUGGUACGCGAAAACAAGACAUCAUCGAUUUGCUUCUAUCUUCAUGCAAGGAUGGUUCACGCUCGAGGGUUGUAAGUUUUGUUCUAUCAAAAACUGGAUCCUGUGUUCGAAUAUCUACAUUAGCCGAAUCACUAAUUUGGCGCGCUGAGAGGCUUUUCUUUCUUAAUGGAGAGCAGGAUCUAUCGUCGUUUUUACUUGUGGACUUGGGCAUCGUGAAAUAUCCUUCUUACAAUUGUAUAUUAUCAGAACAAACUUUUCCAACUAGGAGUGACUUGCUUUCAUAUGAAGAGGCUAUCGAGAUUGCGCAGAUUAUGGAUGAAUCGCUUGAUGACAACAAUACUGAGUUGGUUUUAAAAUGCAUUGAUAUUUCUGAUUCACGUCUGUCCAUUUCUGUGGAGGAAUCUAGAUCAUUGGCCUGUGGAUCAUCGGUGACAUUUUUAUCAUGCUUUUCUGUCUCAUGGGUCUAUUCUAAAGUGGUCUUACUAGGUGUUUCCUUUCUUGAGCGUGAGAAGAGGUACAGUGAUGCCAUCAAUCUUCUCAAACGACUGCUACAUAAUUUCCUUUCUGAUGGAAGAAGGGGAUAUUGGACUCUGAGACUUUCUGUUGAUUUGGAACAUCUGGGAUGUCCUGAUGAGAGCCUUCGAGUUGCGGAAGAUGGCUUACACGAUCCAUGGGUUCGUGCGGGAUCAAGAGUAGCCUUGCAGAGGCGGGUACUGCGGUUGGGGAGACCACCAAGGCGCUGGAAAAUACCCAAUUAUUCAAAGUCUGUUAACAGGAAAAUUCCUGAGGUUCAUGCUCAAGGGAGACCGCUGAAUUCUAAACUGGGGGCAAAAAGCAUAUUUUAUGGUGAAGAUGGAGAACAGUGCAGUGUAGAACAGCUUGCUUUGCAGUAUUAUGCAGGAGAAGGAGGUGAUUGGCAGGGUGUACAUACAGAGAGUGGCAUUUGGUUAACAAUAUUUGGAAUCUUGAUGUGGGAUAUUAUAUUUGCUGAUGUUCCAAAUGUCUUCUGCACCAAAUUUCAGGUAUAUUUAUGUGAACUGUUUUAGUUAGCCCUGUCACUGGAACCUAAAAAGUUAAAGAGGAACUAACUUUGUAGGGGACGUCAAUUGU